AUGGAGUUCGACCAGCCCCCCAUCUACUCCCCCGUCUCGCCCUCCGCCCCCUCCCCACUCUACUCAGAGCGGCCCGCCACGGCGGAGCGCGUGCUGCAGUCCGAGCACCACCCCACAGGGCUUGCGCCCGCCGCGCCAGAGGGCGCCAAGCACGUCUACAAGACCGACCAUCUUGAGAUCCGCCUCCAUCCGCCUCACUGGGGUCUCGUCCUCCCCGCGUACGGUUCACAGGGCACCGUCGACGGGAUCGUCACCUUCCGCAAGCAAUGCUCGCACGUCCUUGAGCUGUCGGUGUCGCUUAUAGGCGCGAUUAAUACGUCCGCGACCCAACACGCGACGGUCGCCGUGCCGGGUGUGAGUCGUGCGGUGAUUCUGAAGAAGAAGGUCGUGCUCUUCACCGCGGCCGGGAAGAGCGAGACGCUGCGGGGCGACUACCCGUUCGCGAUUCGUUUCCCGGAGCUCACUGCAGACGGGGCCGACCUGCUUCCGCCGUCGUACACUGUGUACCAGCCGGGCAUCACGACCGAGGUCUUCUACACGUUCCGUGUUGACAUCACGCGCAAGAGCUUCCGGCGCCACGAAAGGUUCUCGACGCAUGUGCUCUACCUCCCGAAGACACGCCCUACGUUGCCACCUGUAGAAGCCUUGCCGUGGGCCCACGUGGAAAACUCUCUGGAACGCAUGUGCACCGUCCCUCUCAUGCCCAUCUGGAACCCCAAGCUGGAGGAAGCUGCUCGCCGGCGGGAUGACCUACCGCAGAUCUCGGUGACGAUGCCGGACAGCAAGUGUUUUGCGUCGGGCGAGGUCAUCUCGAUCGCCCUUGAGAUUGCAUGUCCUAGUGCGCCUGCACUCGCGCGGUUGCUGUCCCACAACGCGCACCUCACGCUCGUGAAGCGGCAGAAGACGUGGAUCUCACUCGGCGCGCAGAUCAGCAUCCGCGAGCAGGUCCUCUCGCGCGCGGACAUCUACCUCGCGGACGAAAGCCAGGAGGGCACCACGUACCUCCGACUAGAAGUUCAAGCAGGCGAGGCGGCGCGGGAGUCGACCUGGAAGGUACACAACGUGGUUGCUGUCGAGCACAUUCUGCGGCUUCUUAUCCUGCCACCGAGCCAUCUCGAGAAUUUCCCGAUGUUCAAGUACGAGGUGCCGCUGCAGAUCACAACGGACCAGUACGGGACGCUGCAGAGCGAGAUCCUGGCCAUGGGCGGAGUGCCCUUCCCCGCGCUUGGGCUGAACGAUGUGCAACGGUACCUGCGUCCCAACCGUUGA